AUGGUGAAGGAGAGCCUGCAGGGCUGGGCCCCGGACCCUGGAGACCCGCUGGUCCACAUCAACGUGGGGGGGCUGAAGCGCAGCCUGUUCUCCAGCACGCUGCGCAAGUUCCCCGACACUCGGCUGGGCCGCCUGCUGGCCUGCGAGUCUGAGGAGGCCAUCCUGCAGGUCUGCGACGACUACGACGAGCAGCUGAGGGAGUUCUACUUUGACCGCAACCCGAGCCUCUUUGCGUACAUCCUGCAUUUUUACCAGACGGGCAAGCUCCACAUCAUGGAGGAGCUGUGCGUUUUCUCCUUCUGCCAAGAGAUCGAGUACUGGGGCAUCAACGAGUUCUUCCUGGACAGCUGCUGCAGCUACCGCUACCACGACCGAAAGCUCGAGACCCGACACAAGAACUGGGACGAGGACAGCGACGAGAGCAGCGUGGACUCGGACGUGGACGAAAUCUCCGACCUCAACAAGGACAUCUUGCUCUUCCAGGACAUGAAGUGUGGCAAUGUCCGCCGGUGCUUGUGGCUGACCCUGGAGAACCCUGGCUACUCCAUCCCCAGCAAGCUCUUCAGCUUAGUGUCCAUCACUGUGGUUCUGACCUCCAUUGCGACCAUGUGCAUCAACAGCAUCCCGGAGUACCAGCUCUACGACCAGGACGGCAAGCCCAUAGAGGACCCCACUCUGCAGGCCCUCGAGAUCUUCUGUGUCUGCUGGUUCAACUUUGAGGUGGUGACUCGCAUGCUUCUAGCUCCAAACCGCCGGAAGUUUUUCAUGAUGCCCCUCAACAUGAUCGACAUCAUCUCCGUGGUGCCCAUCUAUAUCACCCUACUCUUUGACUUGCUAGUCGGCAGUGAAUCCGAGCUGGAAAAUUUGGGGAAAGUGGUGCAGGUGUUCCGACUCAUGAGGAUAUUCCGAGUCCUGAAACUGGCCAGACACUCCACAGGCCUACGGUCACUAGGGGCAACACUAAGGCACAGCUACAGGGAGGUGGGCAUCCUGCUGCUCUACCUGGGCGUGGGCGUGUCCGUGUUCUCAGGCAUCGUGUACACGGCGGAGUACGAGGAGGACGUGGGUCUGGACACCAUCCCGGCGUGCUGGUGGUGGGGCACCGUGAGCAUGACCACGGUGGGCUUCGGGGACGUGGUGCCCGUCACGGUGGCGGGCAAGCUGGCGGCGUCCGGCUGCAUCCUCGGCGGGACUCUGGUGGUGGCGCUGCCCAUCACCAUCAUCUUCAACAAGUUCUCCCACUUCUACCGCAAGCAGAAGGCCCUGGAGGCGUCCGUGCGCAACAGCAACAAGAAGCGGCUGAAGAUGGACGUGGACGCCGGCUCGGAUGGGGACAGCCAGUAUCUGGGGGAUGAGGAUGUGGACGAUGAGGACGAUGACACGGACAGCGAGGGUGGUGUGGUGAACUAUAGCUACGUUGAACAUCUACCUCCUGUAGACAGGCGCAGAGCCGUUUACCCACUCUGA